UUUCAUUUCCUGUUUAACUUCCCGGAAACACAAACCUCUACUAAUCAAGAUGGCGACGGUUGCAGUGAGCCUACCACCUCUCGGGGGAUUCAGUUUCGACAACUGUAAGAGAAACGCGAUUUUGCAAGGAGAAGCUAACAAGGUGGGGUUCAACCUGCCUGCUGCUCGGAAAACAGGAACAACAAUCUGCGGUGUUGUCUUCAAGGAUGGCGUUGUUCUUGGAGCUGACACCAGAGCCACUGAGGGCAUGAUUGUGGCAGACAAGAAUUGCUCCAAGAUCCACUACAUCUCCCCCAACAUUUACUGCUGUGGGGCAGGAACUGCUGCAGACACAGAGAUGACCACUCAGAUAAUCUCCUCCAACCUGGAACUGCACGCUCUGUCUACAGGAAGGCUGCCACGUGUGGCCACAGCCAAUCGCAUGCUUAAGCAGAUGCUGUUCAGGUAUCAGGGUUACAUUGGUGCUGCUCUGGUCCUGGGUGGAGUGGACUGUAACGGACCUCACCUGUACAGCAUCUACCCUCAUGGCUCCACAGAUAAGCUGCCCUACGUAACAAUGGGCUCUGGCUCCUUGGCUGCCAUGGCUGUGUUUGAAGAUCGCUACAAGCCCAACAUGGAGGAAGGAGAAGCCAAGCAGCUGGUGCAUGAUGCCAUCGCAGCAGGCAUCUUCAACGACCUGGGCUCCGGCAGCAACAUUGACCUGUGUGUCAUCACUAAAGGCAGUGUGGACUACAUCCGGCCCCACGAUGAGGCCAACAAGAAGGGUGUCAGAACGGGUGAUUACAAAUACCGAAGAGGAACAACAACUGUGUUGACCAAGGCUGUGAACCCACUGGACCUGGAGCUGGUGGAGGAGUCCGUCCAAACCAUGGACACCUCCUAAAACUCGCCUCCCCUCACGACUCUUGACACAUUUUACAAUAAAAGUUGAUUCUAAAUUCAUAUAGUUUGCUUCUGUUUUUGUUGUUUGAAAUAAAACAUCUGGAUGAAAACA